AUGGCGUCCGUCGCAUUAAAGCUCUCACGGUCACGGUUCGCUGGGGCAGCCGCCAACUCCUGCCGCUUCGCUCUUAGCCUACCCGGCCGCGAUCUCACUGGAGAUACCACCAUAAACGCCCGGUCGCGACCGUUACUUAGAUCCCCAAACUCCGCCGCCGCCUCCACCAGCCCCUCGGUCUUCUUCCUCCGGCGCAGCAUAGCUACGCUCCCCUCCGGUCAGGACUCCAAUCUGCCUGUGGGCGCCGCACCAGAUGACCUCGACGACGAGCUCCGCCCUGACCCGGACACCGUUCCCUACUUCGACGAGAAGGACCUCGUCUCGGAUGAAACCCUGUGGGCUCUGUACGAGCGGUGGUGCCGCUUCCACGGAAUGGCGCGCGACCACGACGAGAUGACUAGGCGAUUUGGUCGUUUCAAGGAUACGGCGUGGCAUGUCCACGAGUUCAACAAGUCGGGUAGGAGCUACACCAAGGGGCUCACCCAGUUCUCCGAUUUGGAGCCAGAGGAGUUCUUCGGCCCUCGUCGCUGUCCGAGGACUCCCAGAACUGGUAGUCGUUUCUUCACCAACGACAGAGAUGAGGUCACGGCGAUCUGUACUGACGGGUGUCUUGAAAAAUAUGAGGGCCCUGUUUGGAUAAUCCGUAAUGUUAAGUAG